CCGUGACACAUGGCUCCGGUAAAUGGCUCUUCCCUUUAGCGUAAAGCUGUACACUCUUUAGCCCAUUUCUCUUUUGACUCAGGACUCACAAGUUAUGGAGACCAAGAAGGAGGAUCAGAGCGACCUGUUCGCCGGCUUUCACACGGUCUUUAAAUCGUUUGCCACAGAUGCCAUUCACAUCGGUCAGGAGCCAGAGCAAUGGAAAUCAAUGGCCGUGGUGCCGCCAAUAUCUCUUUCUACCACGUUCAAGCAGAACGGGCCAGGAAACCACGCUGGCUUUGAGUACAGCAGAAGUGGAAACCCAACCAGAAAUGUCCUGGAGAAGGCUGUAGCAGCUUUAGAUGGAGCCAAGUAUUGUCUGGCUCUUGCGUCUGGACUUGCUGCCACAGUUACCAUUACCCACAUGCUCAAAGCUGGUGAUGGGAUAGUUUGCAUGGAUGAUGUUUAUGGAGGAACAAAUCGCUACUUCCAAAGAGUUGCUGCUCAGUUUGGUCUUGAAAUCAGUUUUGCAGAUUGCACUAAACCAGAGCUGCUCAAGGCUGCUAUUAAGAACAACACAAAAAUGGUAUGGAUUGAAACCCCAACCAACCCAACAAUGAAAGUUGUGGACAUCCGAGCCUGCUCAGAUUUAGUCCAUGAACACAACAAAGACAUCAUUGUAGUAGUGGAUAAUACAUUCAUGUCAGCAUAUUUUCAGCGACCUUUGGCACUAGGAGCUGAUAUAUGCAUGUAUUCUGCCACAAAAUACAUGAAUGGCCACAGUGAUGUAGUAAUGGGUCUUAUCUCUGUCAACGAUGAGGCCUUGUAUGACCGGCUCAAAUUUCUUCAGAACGCUCUUGGUGGAGUUCCAUCUCCCUUUGACUGCUUCUUGUGCAACCGGGGCCUGAAGACACUGCACCUUCGUAUGGAGAGACACUUCAAAAAUGCAAUGGCAGCUGCCAAGUUCUUAGAGGCUGAUCCCAGGGUGGAGCAUGUUAUCUUUCCAGGUCUCCCUUCCCAUCCACAAUAUGAUGUAGUGAAGAAGCAAUGCACUGGAUGCCCUGGAAUGAUCACCUUCUAUAUUAAGGGCAAACUAGAGCAUGCGAGUGCCUUCCUCAGCAACCUCAAAAUGUUUGCAGUUGCUGAGAGUCUUGGUGGAUAUGAAAGUUUAGCCGAGCAUCCAGCUAUUAUGACCCAUGCCUCAGUGCCUGAGAAGGAAAGGGCUGUUCUUGGGAUCAGUGACACUCUGAUCAGGCUGUCUGUGGGGCUGGAGGAUGAAGAGGACAUCAUUGAAGAUCUUGCUCAGGCACUGGCUGCAGCUCACCGAGAGAAGAACUGAAGUGUCUGUAGGGGAUCCCUGUCAAGACUCGAGUGUGGGAAACAACUCCAGACUGGAAAGAUGAAGUAAAGAGAUGCAUCUGCUGUCGAGACUUCUGAUUGUGAGCUGCAUAGAAUCAACAAUCAGGGAACAAGUAUAUCUUUAUUGUUAGUACUUGCAUUUUUACAUAGAGGCUUUUUAAAUACUGUAACCUUAGUAAACAACAGUUGUAUUAUUAUUUAUCUCAUGAUUGCUUUAUUUUUACAUGUAUCUGUUAUGUUAUGCUUCAGUUUUAGGGGAUUCAUUUACACAAAUCAAAGAUCAUUUCAACUUGUACAUGGCACAGAAUGAAAGUGCUGUCCUUCUGUGAAUGUUCUUUGCAGUUACAAUCAAUAGAUUUGCAUUCCAAAUGGGGAGUGUUCAUGAAUUUAUACGAGAAAUGGUUCCAGAAAAAGUACAACAAUGACAUUGCGAAAUGUACAGUUGAAUAAUAAAAGUUUCUUUAAUAAAAAUGUUAAGAACAAUAAUAACUGCUCAAGCAUUUCAGAUCUUCCAAAGAGCAAUCUCCAGUAUGAACGUCAUCUGUGUCAAUAUGCUGAAUAAAACAUUUCAACUUGUU